AUGACUGAAGUUUGCAUUGCUCUUUACAAGAGUGGACAGAAGGGCAGGUACCACUGGGCAUUGGUGUUACCCUCCGGUAAUGCUACUACCAUCGGAAACAAUGCCGACGUAUUCCAGAUUCGCUUGAACGAGUCUUGGGUACCUAGCCACCAACGUGUCACCCUGACAUCGAGCAUUUCCUUCUUGUGCUGCAUUCGUCUGCCUCCUGCUGUCGGCACCAACGACGAGCUCAAGGGAAUCAUCGCCUCCUUCGAUGCCAGUCAGGGCGACACCAAGCUGUUGUUCACCCACACCAGCUGGACAUGCGCCCAGUGGGUCAUCCGCUCCUUGGGAGCCUUGGUAGAGGGUCGUCGUAUGGAUGGAGCUGUGACCGCGUCGGGAAAGGAGAUGUUCUACGCAAGGAUCAAUGCCAUCGGUAGCAAGGUGGAGGAAGGUUCGAUUGCGGGCCAAGUUGUGUACGGUGUUCGCGUGGUUUCUUGGGAUGUAAACAUGUAA